AGAGCCAAUCAUGUGGCAGUGUCUGGCCAGCCGGGCUCUGAUUGGUGGACAAGCCUGUGGCAUCCCAAGCCCAGUCUCUGGUGCGACCAACCUGGCCGGAUUAAGGCAACCUCUUCGUUUCACAAACUGUCCCGAGCCGACGUUGUCUGCUCUCCCUCGGCUGCAUGGAUAAGUAGCCCGUUGGCAUCAGUGCUCUCCGAUCAGAUCCCGUCUCUUCAUGGCGCCCGAGAAAGUGGGAAGUGUGCGUGUGUGUCUGUAGGCGAGCGUCAAAAUCGGCCGCACGUCGUGUAG